GAGUUCUUUCCUAAAAGAACACCGCCAGUGGGUUUACGUCAGAACCUAGGAGGAAUAGUCCUCAUUUGCCAACAGAAAAGCAGAAACGAAUUCAAAGAGGGCAAAGAAACCCACUACACAACGCUUUUCGAUCAAGAUUUGGGAAUUCCAGUAUAUUCAGCCUACAGACUCAAAUCAGAAAACACAGAUUAUCAAAAGAGGUGUCGCCCAAAAUGGCAAGAAAAUAAAGGUAUACCGAAAAAUAAUUAAUAAACACCAAUUGAGGGGGGAGGGCUCCAUUCAACUGCCGGCCCGUCUAUCACGAUUGGGUCUCUUCAGCUUGCGCCCCACAGGGUAAAUAAAGGAAGCAUUGAGAGGCAAUAAUUUAUUUUAUCUACUAUACGAAACAAACGAAUCGAUACAAAACAAAGUGAAACGAAGCGAAGCAACGCAAAGCGGUUAAAAGAUGAUUGUGACCAAAACGUGCCACUAUUACACUAUGGAUUCAAAAGGCGCGGAAUUAUAAAGUCACCAAUUACUCUCUGCGGUGCCUGGUGAUGAGCAUGGUUAUGUUGAUGUCUCAGCGUUAAUCUAAAAAAUUACCUAUUAUCAUUACUCACACUCUAGCUACUAUUAUUACUUCCUUAUGUUCUAUGUCAUCUUAUGGACUCUUACUCUACUCAUACUAAUCUGGCUAUCUGUGAAUGUAUAUGUAUGCCUAUUAAUUUCAUUUUGAUCCAUUUUGGUACAUUUGAUUGUAAGUAACAAAAACCGCUUUACUAAAUUCUGGUUGCAUAUUUAUCUAAUUUGUCAAAUUUAAACCAUGGAGAUAAAAUGAUGGUGAUGACUAACGAAACUUAACUGACCAAGCCAAAAUAUGCAAAAUAAGACCUAAAAUGUGAAAAAAAAAAGAAACCAACAAGACAAGGCUAAUUAGCAAAAGCUACAAGAACGUGAAAACGAAACCAAGCAAAACACGAAAAACACGAGCAAACACAAAGACGUAGCUAAGACGUGGUCCUAGGUUUUAAUCUCAUAUGGUUUUUUCCAUACUGAAAACUAGUUUCCCCACGGGACGUUCAGGCAAUCUCGUCCUAUUCAGUCACAUAGAAAAACCGCAUGCACAGUGAGUACAGGUGAUAAUUUCAUCGCUACAAGAGAAAAUUUGCCCUGAAUUAUUAGAAAGCUAAAAAUCGGCAAUUAAUCAAGCCUUAAAUAAUCUUGAAUUGUGGACUUGCAUUUUGAUGAAAAUAGCAUGAUGGUGAUGAUAAUGAUGAUGAUGAUGAUGGCAGGUUAUUGAUUUGAAACAAAUCCCACAAUUAACUUACGAAAACUGAACGCAACUAGAAUAUAGCGGAAAUUUAAUUCCUGUGAUUUGCUGAACUUCAUCAAAAGUGAACAAUUUUCAUAAAGUUGAGUUCAACCGACUAAGGAAGCUUUAUUGAUGAAACAAAGAAGUUUUCAUUCUGAAUUUAUUCAACUUCAUUUAAUAUUGUGGUAAACAGAGGACAUUAAAUCAACUACCGUUUUUUCGCUUUUUAAAGGUAUCAGGAACCAAGUCGGAGAACACACAUACCCACAGGCACCUUGGCAAAGAGGCCACCUGGCCCCAGCACACACUUUAUCAAGUGAGAAAGGGGCCUUUCGUUCUACUUUUAGAUACACGAACGCCGUGCCCCAGCGUCCAUCUUUUAAUGCUGGUGAAUGGUCCAAGUUUGAGAGAAGAAUGCGAAAGUAUGCAGAAGUGUGCACUAAACAGAACUUCGGAAUUCUCUAUCUUUUAAGUGGCACCGCAUUUGUUUCUGUUGAUGCUGAGGUAAAGAUAGAUAAAAAUGGAAACGUUUAAGGAGUAAGCAAAGGCGAUGAAAUAGAAACGCUGCCUGGGGAAGAUAAUUACCAUGAAAUACAUGUUCCCAAGUCACUGUGGACUGCCGGAUGCUGUCUCACAUUUUUUUUAAAAAAUACAUUAGAAAGUUUUGCAGUGAUCGGCAACAAUGUCAACGAACCAGGUGAAAUGCAUACGCAACAAACUUCUGUUGAAAUCCUCCAAAAGAUUCUUGAGCAAGACUCUUUAACAGCUGAAAAAGUAAAUUUAUUUCCUGAAAAUCCAGGAUGUUCCUGGGAAGUAUUUAACUUGAAAAAGCUACCCGAGUAA